GACUCACUCUAGAAAAGUAUGGAGAACUUCUAGGAUAAAUGACUGCAGUUUAGCAAUCCGGUUUCCAUUUGCAAGUAUGGAGAAUUGACCUGCAUCUUUCCAGUUACUAACCAAACCCAAAUGAUAAAAUAAAGCUUCCAAUCCUUCACAGCAAGACUGUUUUAGAACAUCUCCACUAAUUUUUUGGGGUUGAACGGACCAUAGUUAGCAAACCAGAUUAUAAAUAUGGAUGACUUACACUCUUCCCACGUAAUUCAAUUUCACCAGAAGAUACACUCUUGCACUCGCAAUCUCACAUGGCGUCCCACAAUCACUUCCCGACUGUAAUCUCUUCCAUGAUCUCUGCUUUGUUCUUCACAUUGCAUUGUAUUGGAUGUACUGCUGCGGCUGGGACGGCGUCGAAAGGAGAUGGGAAAGGGCAAUGGCAGCUGCUUCUGGACAACACUGAAGUGGUGGCAAUGCAUAUGGCGUUAACUCACCACAACACGGUGGUGAUCUUUGAUCAAACAGAAGCAGGCCCUUCGGGGCACCAGCUUCGAAGGCGCUACAAUGGAACUAGGUGUAAAACGCGCGAUGACUUAGCAGACUCAUCAUGCUAUGCUCACUCGGUGGAGUAUGACAUUGCUGGUAACAAGCUGAGACCUCUGAGGCUUACCACUGAUACAUGGUGCUCCUCAGGUUCUUUCUUGAGCAAUGGGACACUUCUACAAACCGGUGGACAUGGAACCGGUGCUCAAGGAGUGCGAUACUUCAGUCCUUGUGGGGGAAAUGAUGACUGCGAUUGGAGCGAAUCGGCGCAAUCACUGGCAAAUGAGCGUUGGUAUGCUUCCAGUCUACUACUCCCAGACGAGGAUCGGGUUAUUGUGGUAGGUGGAAGAAGGGUAUUCACUUAUGAAUAUAUACCAAAGCAGUACUCCAAUGAAGGCUCUUUCCACUUUCCAUUCCUGCGCAACACAUAUGAAAGAAGAGAAGGAGGGAACAACCUCUAUCCCUUCCUUCACAUUUGUCCAAAUGGCAGAUUGUUCGUCUUCGCCAACCGAGACUCCAUUCUCUUCAACUACCGAGAGAACAGGGUGGUCAAGCACUUCCCACGCAUACCAGGAGAUGGCUCUAGGAACUAUCCGAGCUCUGGCUCCUCGGUCAUUCUCCCUUUAGACUACACAGACAGCUAUGAAAAGGCUGAAGUCGUGGUGUGCGGUGGUGCGGCCAAUGGAGCUUUUAGAGCAGCAAGAAACGGCAGAUACUUGGAAGGCUUGAGCUCUUGUGGAAGAAUGGUGAUCACAGGUAACAGACACAAGUGGAACAUGGAGUACAUGCCCGGUCCGCGCCUCCUAAGCGACAUGCUGCUGCUCCCAACUGGAGAUGUCCUGAUCAUCAACGGGGCUAAAUGUGGUACUGCAGGUUGGAACUAUGCGAGAAACGCUUCACUCGAGCCUUACCUUUACCACCCAAAGAAGCCACUAGGCAAAAGGUUCUCAGUGCUCAAGGCCACAAGAAUCCCUAGAGUGCAUCACUCCUCGGCCGUUCUCUUACCUGAUGGGAGGGUUUUAGUUGCUGGAAGUAACCCUCAUAAUAGAUACAUUUUCGAAGAUGUGGCAUACCCAACUGAGCUCAGGCUACAAGCAUUUGUUCCAGACUAUAUGGGCAGUAAGCAUCAUCAAUUUAGACCUACUAAUGUGACCGUACACUAUGGCCAUACCAAUGUUUAUGGUGUGAGGUACAGUAGAGAGUUCACUGUGCGGUUUUGGCUAGGUACUAAGCCGAGCAGUGCGGUGGAGUUCACUGCCUAUGCUCCGCCAUUUACGUCACACUCGAUAUCGAUGAAUCAGAGGGUGUUGAGGCUGAGGUGCAAGAGUUUGGUGAGGGACAAAAAUGGAUGGGUAGUUGCAGUGUUGGAGGCUCCUCCGUCGCCUUCGGUUGCACCAGCUGGUUAUUACUUGCUCACUGUUGUUAAUGGUGGAAUUCCUAGUGUGUCUCAAUGGAUGAGGAUCCUACAGAGUUCAGGAGGUCGUUCUUGAUUUACACACAGUGUCCCCAAAAUGUUUGAUGCAUAAAGAUUAAAUAGUGAUACGCCCAUAUAUUAUUGGGAAGAAUAUCUACCAGUACG